AUGUCAGAAGUUGUUGAAACUCAGCAUCAAUUCAAAGGGGCUGCCUACUGGUACUGUGCCAACUUCGGCUUCGAACCAUUCGCCUACCGUGGAUUAGAAACAGGCAGCCGUCAAGUUGCUCAACAUGCUAUCAAGCAAAACAAAAUAAUCUUCGUCUUUGAAUCGGCACUUCUUCCCAAUAAUAAGGAAAUUGGUGAUCAUUUGGUGCGUCAUGGUGAUGGCGUCAAAGACGUCUGCUUCGAGGUUGAUGACGUCACCUCCAUAGUUGCACACGCAAAAAAGGCCAAUGCGAAAGUGGUCAAAGACGUGACAGAAGAAUCUGAUGAAUUUGGAUUCGAUCAAUACGGUGAGACCGUGCACACCUUAAUUGAACGGAAGAAUUAUCGAGGAUGCUUCCUGCCUGGGCUUCAACCCACACCCACAGGACAAAACCUUUUUCCAGUUGGUCUGAAUUUCAUUGAUCAUUGCGUUGGCAAUCAGCCAGAUCUCCAAAUGAACUCUGCUGUCGAAUGGUACGAAAAGGCGCUGUGUUUCCAUCGAUUUUGGUCUGUUGAUGACUCAAUGAUCCAUACUGAAUAUUCGGCUUUGCGAUCCAUCGUCGUCACCAACUACGAGGAAACAAUCAAAAUGCCAAUCAACGAGCCUGCUAUGGGCAAGAAAGCCGUAUCCCAAAUUCAGGAAUAUGUUGACUAUUAUGGAGGUGCUGGUGUACAGCAUAUUGCGCUGAACACGAGCAACAUCAUCCCAGCAAUCGAGGCGCUUCGAGCUCGAGGAGUCGAAUUUCUCACCAUCCCCAAAUCCUACUACGAGAAUUUGAGACGUCGUCUCAAUGACAGCAAGACCAAAGUGGCUGAGGACAUGGACCGUUUGCAAAAACUGCACAUUCUUGUCGAUUUUGACGAGAACGGGUACCUUUUACAAAUAUUUACCAAGCCAUGCGAGGACAGGCCGACACUCUUCAUUGAAAUCAUUCAACGGCAUAACCAUCAGGUACAGGGCUUUACUGAAGAUUCACUUAAUUUUUUCGUUUGCUAUUGA